AUGGAUUCCACAAUACAUAUGGAAUUUUUAAAAAGUUUUGACUCGGAUGACAACGUAGAAUUCGUCGAGACAUUCUUCAAUGUUGUGCAACACAUUCACGACGAAGAAAGUUCGAAUGCAGUGCGUACAAGGGCGGUCGUCAAUCGUGAUCGCCAAGCCGUACACGACUUAUUGAGGAAGAAUGAGUUUAGUAGUAUACAAAAAUGUGCGACUGCUCUUAGGUAUUUGGGAUACGGUAUAGCAUUUGAUGCAUCUGACGAAUACUUGAAAGUAUCCGAGAGGACCGCAGUUGAAUGUGUAGAUUGGUUUUCUGCAUGUGUUUAUAAGGUUUUUCACGAAGAAUAUUUGCGUAAACUUACUCAACGUGAUAUUGAGAGAUUAUAUUCGGCUCAUGAAGAGAGGCAGAGAUUUCCUGGUAUGCUUGGCAGUCUAGAUUGUACGCAUGUGGCUUGGGAAAAAUGUCCAACAACAUGGCGUGGUCAGUUCACUCGAGGAGAUAUAGGUGAACCAACUAUCAUACUAGAAGCUGUUGCAUCUCAAGAUUUGUGGAUAUGGCAUGCCUUUUUUGGAGUAGCGGGGUCUAACAACGACCUUAAUGUUCUUGGUCAGUCUCCACUUUUCAACGAUAUUUAG